AUGCUCAGAACUCACUCUUUCUUGAGUUCUUGGGCCCAGGAAAGAAACAUGAAGUGGCUUGGAAUCCUCAGGCUGGUGGCCCUCUCAGAGUGCCUAGUCAUAAUCCCUCUAACGAAGAUCAAGACCAUGCGUGAAACCCUCAGAGUAAAAAACCUGCGGACAAAUUUCCUGGAGGAGAACACGAACAGCAGCUCCCAGAAUGCCACUGAUGACCCGAAUAUCACUCUUCUACCCCUGAGGAACUGCCUGGAUGUGGUCUAUGCUGGCAACAUCACCAUUGGAACACCCCCUCAGGAGUUCAGGGUCGUAUUUGACACCAGCACAGCUUACACAUGGGUGCCCUCCAUCCAGUGCUCAAGUCCCUCCUGCUGUACACACAAUCACUUCAACCCUCAUUUGUCCACCACCUUCCAGCUCAUAGGCCAGACCUUCAACAUCAACUAUGGCGUUGGGAGGAUUGUUGGAUUUUUUGGCUUUGACACUGUUCGGAUCAUGAACCUUGUCAACACGCGCCAAGAAUUUGGGCUGUUUGUAAAAGAGAUUGGGUUCAGUAAUUCAAUCUCUGAUGGUGUCCUGGGCCUGGGCUACCCCAGCCUCGCCCCCAAAGGGAUCACCCCUGUCUUUGACAAGCUGAAGACACGAGGCCUCAUUUCUCAGCCGGUCUUUGCCUUCUACUUGAGCACCCAGAAGGAGAAUGGCAGUGCAGUGAUGCUUGGCGGUGUGGACCACAGCUACCACAAAGGGCAGCUCAAGUGGAUACCAGUGUCCCAAACCCACUCCUGGCAGAUAACCAUGACCAGCAUCACCAUGAACAAGAUGGCUUUUGCUUGUUACCAUGGAUGCCAGGCCAUUCUGGAUACUGGGACUGUGUUGCUGGUUGGCCCAACUAAACAGAUCAGCGUCAUCCAGAAGCUUAUUGAUGCCAUGCCUUAUGGUCAACAGUACCUGGUUCCAUGUGGCAACAUUAGAAAACUGCCUAAAAUCAUCUUCACCAUCAAUCACAUUGACUAUCCAGUGCCUGCUGAAGCCUAUAUCUAUAAGCUGGCCUAUGUUGGCAAUAUCACCAUUGGAACGCCCCCUCAGGCGUUCAGGGUCAUCUUUGACACUUCCUCGCCUUUCAUGUGGGUGCCCUCCAUCUACUGCUCCAGUCCUUCCUGCCGUACAUACAAUCUCUUCAACCCUCGCUCGUCCACCACCUUCCGGAUUGCCAGCAACUCCUUCAGUGUCAAAUAUGGCACUGGGAACGUUUCUGGAAUUGUUGGCUAUGACACCGUUCGGCCCUACACAGCAAGUGCUAUGAUGAGCUUCAUUAUACAGAGGAUGGAACUGAGGUGCAAAGAGCCAGGGCCUUGUAAAAGUCAAACAUUUAGUAAGCGGUGGAUCUGGGGUGGCCAGUCAGGAUUCAUGCAGAUCAUGAAUAUUUUCAAACUGGGCCAGGAAUUUGGGUUGAGCAUGAAAGAGAGUGGAUUGAAUCAUGCAAUCGCUGAUGGUAUCCUGGGCCUGGCCUACCCCAGGCAGAGCACAAAAAAUUUCACCCCCUUCUUCGACAACCUGAGGGCACACGGCCUCAUUUCUCAGCCUGUCUUUGCCUUCUACUUUAGCACCAUCAAAAUGAACGGGCUUGCUGUUGGUUGUUUCCAUGGCUGCCAGGCCAUUCUGGAUACCGGGACCCCAUUGCUGCUUGGCCCGACUGCAAACAUAUUCGGCAUUCAUGGCCUCAUCUACGCCAGUCCUUUUGGUCAACAGUAUGUGGUUCCAUGUGACAACAUUAGACACCUGCCUGCAAUCAUCUUCACCAUCAAUGGCAAUGCCUAUCCAGUGCCCGCUGAAGCCUACAUCUGGAAGGUGAUGGAACAACCCUGGGGGCUGGUCCUCAACUCUGGGCCUUGCAGGAAUCUUUGGGUUCCUGCUGGGAGGAGGGAGCCCUCUGCAGGCCAAGCCACACCAUGA